AUGGUAGCAGCAGCAGCAGCAGCAGGAGUGGGGCGUCGCAGUGGCGUCCUAGGCCUGCAGCAGCAGCAGCAACAGCAGCAACAGCAGCACCAAGAACAGCAGCAGCAGCAGCAGGAAGUUUCUGCCCGCGGCUGCGGCGGCUGCUGCUGUCUUCCAGCGACGAAGAGACAGAGCCCCCUAGAGCAGCUCGUACCCCAGCAGCAGCAGCAGCAGCAGCAGCAGCAAGAACAGCAGCAGCCCAAGCAGCACCAAGAUCUGCGCCAAGAGGGACACAGGGGACAGCAGCAGCAGCAGCAGCAGCACCUUUAA